AUCUUGUUUAUAAAUCUUCUGAUUCACACACACACACACACUCAGGAAGAGAAAUUAAAAGAGAGAACUGUCAAUAUGGAGUUCUUGGCGAAGGCAAAGCCAUUCUUGGCUGUGAGCCUGAUGCAGUUCAGCUAUGCAGUCAUGUCUAUAAUAGCUAAAUCCGCCAUGAAUCAGGGGAUGAGCCCACACGUCCUGGUAGCUUACCGCAUGGCAGUCGCCUCCAUUCUCAUUGCCCCGUUUGCCAUCGUCCUUGAAAGGAAAACAAGACCAAAGAUGACAUUCACCAUCUUCGCUAAGAUAAUGCUAAUCAGCUUGUUCGAGCCGGUUCUUGAUCAGAACCUGUUCUACACGGCAAUGAAGUACACUACAACAAAUUUCACAACUGCUAUUUGCAAUAUUCUUCCUGCUGUCACAUUUCUACUAGCUUGCAUCUUCAGGCUUGAAAAUAUGGAUAUCAAGAGGGUGAACUGCCAGGCAAAAGUGGUGGGGACAGUGGUGGCUAUUGGAGGAGCAACGAUGAUGACUCUUAUGAAGGGAAAAGUCAUAGGAUUGCCAUGGAGAGCUGAUUGGAGGGGAAACCACCACAACCAAUCAGUGGAAAGUGGGACUGAUCUGAAGCAAAAUCUCUUAAUUGGUGCUCUUUUGACCUUGGCUGGUUGUUUCAGCUGGUCUUUUUUCAUCAUUUUGCAAACAGUGUUGCUGAAAUCGUACCCGGCUCAGCUCUCCCUGACGGCAAUGAUAUGUGUCACCGGCAUGGUGGAAGCAGCAGUUAUGGCAUUUGCAGUAGAAAAGGGGAACAUGGCACUCUGGUCCCUUCACUCGAACUGCAAAUUGUUGGCAGUUAUUUAUGGGGGAGUGGUUUCUGGGACUGCUUUUUACAUUAUGGGAUGGGUCUCGAAAAGAAGGGGACCUGUUUUCGUGAGUGCUUUUAAUCCAUUAAACAUGGUCAUUGUUGCAAUUCUGGGAUCCUUCUUUCUGGCCGAGAAGAUGUACGUAGGAAGGAUAAUUGGAAGUGUUAUCAUUGUUAUCGGCAUGUAUAUAGUAUUAUGGGGUAAAAGCAAGGACAGACUUCAAUCCGAACCUGACAGAGUCUUUGCACCGAUUGAUCAGCCAAUUGCAGCAAGUGCUACCGUCACAAUGAUUGUUGCUAGAGACUCUGGAAACUGAGCUGAUCAACACAAUCGAUCAAAAUCUCAAAAGAAUCUGUUUGCAGGAAGUAAAAGGACCAAAUGACUGAGAACAUAGCAAUUUUUCCUUUUUACACCUUUCUUUUUUUCUGCCAAAAGACUGGAGAACAGAGCAAUCAUUCUGAUGUUUUCUGUAGCAUGCUAGAGUAUGUACCGUAAACUAGUUUUCAGUUCAACAUUGACCUCCUUACUGGGAAAGAACAAAAAGACUUCAUACUUUCUAGGGCUAAUGUCUGCGUUCCUUUGUGCACAUUCAUUAUGUAAAAGUGUUUACCACUGGAAAGAUCUGCAUUAUCUAACUUGCUCUCCAAGGCUGGUUCCGCAUGCCAACAAAUGAAUUAGCAGGCAACAG